CGACGAGAGAAACGCCCGUUUUAUCGCGUGGCCAUGCGUGUGUCACGGUUGCGACGGUUCCUUCGGGUUCUUGAAUUUAGUCGCGUAGGCACUUGUGUGUGAUGAUCGACCGUCACGGAGCGCACGAAACCGCGAACGAGAAAAAAACGAGACGACAGUCGGACGAACAAACACACAAAUUCCGUGGUGGUUUUUUUACUGACGAGGACAACAGCAACAACAGCAGCAACAACGGCGGUGACGGCGGCGAUGACGACGACGAUGACGAUGACGAUGAUGAUGAUUAUUAUUAUUAUUAUAACGACGAAGACGACGAGACAACGGUCAUCGCCGCAGCUGAACCUUAUGAGCGGCUAAAGGGAAGUCUGCCGCACGCUUUCCGUUGCGUCCUGCGAGGGGAAUGUCAGAAAAAUAUAUGGUGACGGCUACACUCAAUUUCUCGGUGCAGCUUGAACAGCAAGAAAGAACGAAAGAGCCGUAUGGUGCUCCCUUUAUAUCGAUUCCGAAUGUAACUGUCGGAUAUAGCGAGGUUACAUGGACGACCGAAGUUGCGACGUUAUCUUAUAGCAUGCCAUUAUGUAAAACUUUGUAAACCGUAACAAUCCAAUAAAGCUCCACAGUACAUGUUCUA